AUGAAAGAACGGCGAACUACCGCUCCCGCACCUGCCUCUGGACCCAUCAGCCUUUCAGCAAUUUUGGGUCUCAAUCACCUAGUGCUUUCGAAACCACCAAAUGCGCAGGAUUCAAAGGCAUCGAGGCCUGCUGCGAAGGACAACGUUGAGCACACUCAUUCGAAUAUCUUGAGAGAUGCUGCCUCUAUCAUCGGUUGUUUCUUGAUGCUGAGACCUCCUUCCGCCGACAUGCCUGAAUAUGGCCUGGAGAGAAAAUUUUGGAAGCAUCCGUUUGUCGUGGUGGGAUGUCUGAUAGGCGAGUGCUCUAGAGUUCUGGAGCUCCAGAUAUGUAUUGUCAACUCAUUCCAGUGGAUUCAGGACCGUAGGCAGGUCAGGAAUUUUGUGAAGCAGAAGAACCAAAUGGCCAGGAGAUACAUACCGAUCAGUCCGAAUCCUCCGAGCGACCUCAGCAAUCCGAAGCAAGUGCAGGUGAUACAGGGUGACCAGUUGCGACAUUCGAGUUGGGUCAACAUUGAAAAGGUUUAUAUGAUAGGCAAAGACGCUAUCGAUGUUUCCAGAUUCAGUGAACUCACACGACUUACACUUAACUCGUUAAAUGACAUCCGUCAAGCCUUGAGCAUGCCCCGACUUACCAAGUUUUACGGAGAGCCCAGUUCUCCCGAAAAGCAAAUCGGCCACCAACGAGAACAGAAAGGUUUCGAUGAUCGAGAAUUCUGGCACGACCCAAGUCACAAAGGAUCCAGACACUACCUUCACACGCAAUGCAGUGCGAGCGAUACAGGUCAGCCAUGA